AUGUCCAACAAAGCAGCUCUCAAGGCAGUGCGAGUAGCGCUGGACUCGAAAGAUUUCGAGCUGGCGGCCGAGCAAGCUAAAGCGCUGGUGCAACAAGAACCUCAAAAUUACCAUGCAAACGUCUUUCUGGGCCUUGCGCUGGACAAGUGUAAUAACAGCAAUGACGCAGAAAAGGCCUACCAUGCGGCCACACGCAUAAAACAGAGAGAUAAAACAGCAUGGCAAGGGCUUGUCAACUUAUAUGAAAAACAGGGCAAUCAUAAGCUCGAUUCGUACCGUGAAGCUGUCAUCAAUCUCGGGCACAUAUUUGCGGAAGCAGACGACAAGCAUCGCUGCCAAGAUGUCGUGGAUAAAUAUAUAAGCUUCGCAAAAAAGUACGGAACUCGCUCCCAAUAUAGAAACGCGAUCGAGCUACACCUCCCAUCAAGCCCGCUCUAUGACUUCCUUGAGGGCCGUAUUCCGCAUCCUUCGCAUACGUAUCUUCGUCUCAUUGAGAUGACCGAGGCAGACGAGAAAGAAUUUAUAAACCGAGAGAUAGGCGAGCGACGUACACGACUAGGGGCUAGGGUCGACCAAGUUACGCUGGAAGUUAAAAAGGAAGCUUUUAAACGGAGCGAACUGGAGCCGCUUUAUCGUGGAAUCAUGGACUGGUCUCACGAUGACCAGGUUCGACGUACAUAUGAGGAAAAACUGCUGGAACGUGCCUGCGACGUUCUUGCCGUCCUUCCCGCGAAAGAAAAGGACAGGAAGCGAAAGGAGGCAUGGCAAGCCGCCCGUGACAUGGUCAUAAUCAAGCACCCAUUUGAGCUGGCCUGGAGGAUCUACCUUGAAUGGCAAGACAUCCAAAGCUUUUCAGAUUGGGACCAUACUUUUCUGAGGGAGUUUAUUGAGUUCUUCCCGGAACUUGGCCUUUCAAAGAUCCUCAAAGGAUUCUUGACCAGCAACAUCUCUCCAUUUCCAAAGGAGCCCAAAGAAUCUAAAGAAUCUAAAGAAGCGAGGGGGCCAAAGGAAUCGAAAGACUCUCCUGCAACCGAACAGGGUGUCGAUGGCGAUGACGGCGAAGACACGGAUUUAGCGGUUCAAGAUAGUUUGAUCCUGAUGGUCGAAGGGCUUGAAAUGUGUUCUUCGUCCGUUGUCGCGCAUCGGAUCCUGGCUGAGUUUUACCUAUCUUUGGAAGAAUACGAAAGUGUGAUGGAUGUAUCACGUAAAGGGCUUCAAAACCUUCAGUCUCUAAUCAACAUAUCUGGGAUGAAGCUCAGGAACACCACUGACGCCAUGAAAAUAACUCUGGCAAACGCCCUGAUCCAUUAUCAGUCACCUCGGAACCAUCCUGAAGCAAAGGGCAUAUUUGAGGACAUCUUGAGUAGAAAGCCAACAUCAACGAGUUGUUUACUUGGCAUCGGUCUCAUUCUUAAAGUGGACGAGGACUACACGGAAGCUGUCAAUUUCUUGGAGCGGGCUCUAGAUCGGGAUCCAACGAACACCAUUAUUCAUGGAGAGCUGUCUUGGUGUAGAGCGCUUAAUGGAGAUCUCGCGUCUGGUCUCGAUGGCCUUCAGGAUGUACUCAUAGAGCUGCAGAACACAUUCUCCGAAAAUAGAGAAUUCAAGGCCGAAAUCCUCUACCGAAUAGGAUACUGCCAAUGGGAGAUGGAUCCCUCUCCAUCAGCCCGCAAGGAUCGCACGGGUGCCUACUCCAGUUUUCUGGCUUCAAUCCAAACCAACAUGAAUUUUGCUCCCGCGUAUACCUCUCUUGGUCUGUACUACGCAGAUUAUAAGAAAGACAAGACACGGGCGCGCAGGUGUUUCCACAAAGCUUUCGAAUUGUCAGCAUCAGAGAUUGAAGCUGCAAAACGACUGGCUAAGGCGUUCGCUGACCAAAAGGAAUGGGACUUGGUUGAAGCGGUAUCACAACGAGUCGUCGACUCGGGCAAGGCUAAGCCGGCGCCUGGUUCGAAACGAAAAGGAUACAGUUGGCCUUAUGCGGCCCUAGGAACAGUUCAGAUCAACAAGCAGCAGUAUUCUAAGAGCAUCGUCUCGUUCCAAGUGGCCCUGAGGAUAUCGCCAGGAGAUUACCAUUCAUGGGUUGGUCUGGGCGAGAGCUACCACCAUUCUGGGAGGUUUAUUGCUGCAAUAAAGGCAUUCGAACAUGCUCAGCAGCUGGAGGGCGCACUAAGCAGAUCUGAUAAGGAGCAGAUUUGGUUCGCGCGAUAUAUGCUGGCGAAUGUCAAGCGGGAGCUUGGUGAAUAUGACGAUGCCAUUUCACGAUAUGAGGAAGUUUUAAGCUUCCGGCCGAAUGAAUUUGGAGUUUCCAUCGCGCUACUUCAGACUCUUACAGAAAGUUCCUGGAGGAGUCUUGAGUUGGGACUUUUUAACGACUGCAUCGAGUUGGCGCGUCGGGCCAUAUUGGUAGCGACAUCGCUGGCCCUUGAACGAGUUGAUAUUUUCAAUCUAUGGAAGGGUGUGGGGGAUGCCUUUUCGCUCUUUGCAUACGUUAAAGCAAAGGAAUGCAGGAUACCGAUCACGGAGGCGUUCACUUUGCUCUCCACUCAACUCGAACCGGCAGCUUUUGAUAUCCUUACGGAUGUCGAUGAAGUCGGCCAGAACUUAUCAUUGCUAACAGAGGAAAAUAGCAAGUCUACGCUGUCGGACAAGUGCAUGUACGCCUCCAUUUUAGCAUAUAAACGUGCAAUUCAUGUCUCGCUACGAGAUACCCAUGCCCAGGCAGUUUCUUGGUACAAUCUUGGCUGGGCGGAAUACAGAGCCUACAAGUGCAUGCAAGCCGCUUCGGAAACCAAAGGCAAGAAACCCCCACGCAGGUUUCUCAAAGCCGCAAUGCGUUGCUUUAAACGAGCAAUAGAGUUGGAAGCAGGCAACUCAGAGUUUUGGAAUGCCCUUGGCGUGGUAACAACUGGCAUGAGUCCGCGAGUAGCGCAACAUGCCUUUGUGAGAAGCCUUCAUCUCAACGACCGGAGUGCACAGGUUUGGACCAAUCUAGGAGCACUCUACCUGAUUCACAAUGAUAUUCAGCUUGCAAAUGAGGCAUUUACCCGUGCGCAGUCAACGGACCCGGACUAUUCUCUGGCCUGGAUUGGCCAAGGUUUCCUGGCCCUUCUAUUCGGAGAUCCGCGGGAAGCCAGAGGACUCUUCGAGCAUGCAUUCGACAUUUCCAGCUCAUCAUCGGUCUUACCGAAACAGCAAUACACCCUCAGUUUGUUCGAUCAUUUAAUAACAGACUCCUCGAAUACCAAUGAGAUAUCACAGCUUAUCCAGCCGUUCUUCGCACUUCAUCAACUUUCGUCUCAGAAUCCGUCGGAUUUGCCUUUUGUGCACCUUUCCGCUCUUCUUGCAGAAAGGAUUGGCGAGAUAUCCGAUGCCGAGACCAGCCUUAGAGCUCUCUGUUCUGCCGUCGAGGCGGAAUACGAGGUGUCCGAAUCAACGUCAUCCCUCUCGAGAUUUGCACAGGCGAACGCGGACAUUGCACGUGUUCUGCUAGCACAAAACAAAUUUGAGGAGGCCGCCGAGAAAGCAGAGAUGGCACUCAUGCUGUCCGGUGAGGAGGAUGCGGAGAAGUUUGACCCUGAAACGAGCAAGAGAUUGCGCCUGUCGGCACACUUAACCGCUGGCCUUGCACAUUACUACAUGAAAUCCAUGGAUAGCGCCAUUGACAUGUUCCGCGAUGCUCUUCAGGAGGCAGAUAAUGCACCAGAAGUCGUGUGUCUUCUUGCGCAAGUGUUGUGGGCGAAAGGCGGGUACGAGGAGCGGACUGUGGCUCGCCAGCAGUUGUUAGACUGCGUCGAAGAAAACCCGGAGCAUGUUGGGGCCGUCACACUUCUAGGAGCCAUUGCCCUCUUGGACGCUGACAAGGAUGUCAUAGAGGCCGUCGAGUCGGACCUUCAGAAUAUGAUUACAAGGGACGAUAUUGAGAUCCAUGAGCAAACGAAGCUGAUUAAGCUCCUGGCUGCGGCGUCUGCUUUGGGACUUACCGACCACUCUGGAGUCCCCGAAGACACGAGACGCAUUGGCCAGGCCACUGCAGCCGUGAUGAGAGCACCAUACCAGCCACAGGGUUGGAUGGAAUUGUCUGCCGCUUCUGAGGAACCGUAUACUGCGGAAAUGGGUGUCAAGAGAGCCUUGCGGAGUGUCCCGCCUCGGGGUCGGUUGGACGCCGAGGAUCUAUCUGCUGCAUUCGCACAGGCGGCCAAGGUGAGUGAUGCGCUGCGAGCGAUCAUGGUUGCACCAUGGAAGCGGCAAGGAUGGGAGGAAUUGAACCAUGCGACGGCUACAACCACAUAG